AUGUCAACAAACGACAGCAAGUCGGCAGCGUCGCCCGCGGCCGAGAAGAAACUCCCGCCGCUAUCAGAUCAUGACUUUCGAAUCUACAACAACAUGGCCGACCACAUGGACCUCUUCCACAACAACUUCCGUCAGUCAUGGAACCUCCUCUGGCAAGCAUGCUGCAAUAACAAGCGCCCUCGGAAUCUCACCCUCAAACAAUUCCUCGAUGAAGGCCUGCGCUUCAUCCAACAUCUCACCGUGCACCACAACAUUGAGGAGCAGCACAUCUUCCCGGUGCUGGCCAAGAAGAUGCCCGAGUUCCGAGGUGACCUACAGGCACAGCACAAGCUGAUCCACGCCGGCAUGGACAGGAUGGCCGACUACCUCCGGGGCUGCAAGACGGGCGAGUACGAGUUUGAGCUGAGCGGGCUCAAGGCGCGGAUGGAGACGUGGGGCGACGUCCUGUGGACGCAUCUGGAUGAUGAGGUCAGGACUCUCGGGGCCGAGAACAUGAGAAAGUACUGGACCAAGGAGGAAAUGGUGCGUAUGCCCAUGUAG